GCAGCGGGAGAAGAAGGGAGCAGCAGCAGAUGUAUCCAGGGGGAAGGAUGCCCAGGAUAAUGUCACCGCUGUAUCCACUCUCUCACCUAUCCGUAUCAUGAUAAACGCUGCUGGGGCGGUCGCACGCAGGAUGCCGUCGGCGGUCCGGCGGAGCGGAUGCUGGAUAGCAUGGUGCCAGGCGGUCCUGCUCGGCGUGUCGGCGCUGGUUAUCGUGGCCGAACGGACCGCUCUGAUCUACUGUAUAGGGUUUUACCUUUGGAAUGAGGAGACGCAGUGGGCGGGCCUCACUCUUGGACUCUUUCUGCCGGGGACAGCAGUUCAGCUGCUAAGUAUGAAAUGGUACUAUGAUGACGGUGAUGACAGGCGAUGCUACCUCACUUUCAUACACAUACUGCACUUGGGCAUCUUCAAAAGGUUCUGGGACUGCAUGAGGUCUGUGUUGCACAUGCAGGGCUCAGUGGCUGAGCUUGGAGCAGCUGUCAUGCAGCAGGCAGAUGUUGCUGCUCUUUGGUUGCUGGAGGCCCUCGUCCUCACGCUGCCUCAGAGCCUGCUGCAGGCAUAUGUCGUGGUGUCCACUGAUGUGGGCAUCAUGUCCCCAGUGGCCUAUUGCUGUGGUCUGUGUGUGCUGUCUAUUUCCUGGGCCCUGGUGCUGUACAGCAGAGCCUGCUGUCUGAUACGACCGGGCCACCUGGCCAUGCCUCCGGCAGCCCUGCUGUGCCAGCUGGUGUGGAGGGCAGGCAUGCUGGGUGCAAGGGUGACUUGCCUCAUGUUCUUUGCCAGGGUCUUUAACUGGUGGGUCUGUGGAGUAGCAGGAUUCCACUGGCUCACGGCCUCCUUCUGGCUGGUAUCACAGCAACCGGACAUCUGCACCGGCCCCUGGUGUUGGCGUGCCUUUAAUGGCAUUAUGGGGCUAGUCCACAUCUUCUUCUUCCUCAACGUCAAAGACGGACCCUCACGCUUCCGCAUGGCCAGUUUUUAUGCAUUCAUGCUCGUAGAAAACGCCACUCUGCUGCUGGCCGCCUCCGACUUCCUUAGCGAGGCAUCAUGGGACAGCAUGACCCUUCCCACCACUGUGCUGUGUAGCUUUUUCGUCGGCGCUACCUCUCUUGUCCUAUACUACCGGUUCCUCCAUCCCAAGUCAACAGAGAUCAGCCAGGGUACGAACCACAACCACGUGGGCAGCACAUGUAUAGAUCGAGGGGAGUCAUCCUACUCUCUCGGGGAUAAAAGCCUUCCAGCUGCCUCCAUUCAAAACCACGGCAGCUUCUCCCUCUCAGGUGUGGCUGGUUCUCUGCUGGAGCACCCAGGAGCCUGUGGGGGCCGGGGUAACAGCUCCUGCCCUUGCUACCACCACCACUGGCUCCUAAUCCGCCUGGCUCUGAAGACAGGAGAUCUGGGGAAGAUCAACAGAGCGUAUGGGGCCGACGGAGCAGCAGCCAUACUGGACAUGGAGGAGUAUAACCAAGAGUUUAAGAGUAACGAGGGCAUGACUAUCACAGCAGGAGGCAGCUGUGGGGGGGUCUCCACUUCUGAGUCUCAGGGGAAAGGCUUGGCACCUCUCUCGGACUGCAAAGAUGAGUUUCAGAGCGUGAGCGAGCCCACAUCAACCGGACAACCGGAAGAAGAGGAUGACAGUCUGGAGAUGGAGAGCCCGAUGGAGUCACCCACAUCAGAUUUCAAACGGAGCUCACCAGAGGGCAAGUCUGUGUUUGGAGACAGCCCCGAGCCGUACUUCUGCCCUACAGAGUCAAGUUCAACCUUAUAUUUCAGCGCUGAUCCUCAGUCUCCCAGCAGUGCCAGUAACCCCCGUUUAGACCGGGACAUUGGGGGUCUGGAACAAGGGGUGCGCCUCACCUCAAUCCCCAGCGAUCCAGCCCUUCACAGAGAUAUUCGUGGGCUAAUGGGCCGGGUUGGGCCACGCUGCACUUCCACUCCUAAAUUGGACUGUGGAGCGCUGGACUCCCCAUCUAGUGUCCCUCAUUUCACAGGUCCCAGGAGGCAGCUUAUAAUGUCCCGAAGAGAUGAAGACGAUAACUUCUAAGUUUCUCAAGACAGAAUCAGGGAAAAAAGUAACAGCAACUUAUCCAACAUUAAAGGAAAAUACCAGCUUUUUGGAAGGCUGCUUUUCCAUCUGCUCAGUGCUGUAGGAUGAGAAGGCUGCCAGAGAUUUCACCUCUGUAUGUCUACAUACAGUAUUUAGUACACUGUGGGGCGUAGUAUAUGCAAAAUUUUUGGGAUAAUGCUAAGCUAACCUGUAUUCUUCUCACUUCAUACCUAUUUUCUAAAAGCAAUGCUUUGCCCAAGUGCUGGACACACAGAGGUGAAACCUUUAGCAGUGUUUUCAUCAGACAUGAAGAUAAUUAAAGAGCUCAGACACACCUAUCUGACUAAACUUUUUUUUUUCUAUUGAUUUGGUAGCAAUUAACUUAAGCCUCAAGAGUUUGCUGUGCAACAAAAGUGAACACUGUUUCUACCAGAUUGUUAUAACAUAUUGAGGAAGUAGCCAUGACUUUUAUUAAUAAAAGUCAUUAGAAAUAUGCAGCUUUUUUAUGAUUUCAGGCAACUGAUGGUCUUUAUAUUACAUACCGAUACUGCUGUUAUUUAUGUUAAAAAUUGCCAGCAGUAAUGAGAACAGAUCUUAAGGGGACAGGAGUGUCUGACCUCUGAAUCUUUACUCUCUCAGCAUAAGCCAGAACUUUGUUGGCUUCUUAAAAGCACAAGUAUCUUCUAUACCAUACGUAUAUUGCUGUGAUUCUUUUGUUAUUCCCAUAAAAACAUCCCCUGUCCCAUCAUAGAAUAAUAUACUGUAUUUUUUGUAUAAUCAUAUUAACUGCCAUCGCUUUGAGCAGGGCUAGUGUGCCAACCUGGCAAAAACUGUUUAAUGUUUUAUCUUUAUUUACAUGUUGACCAUGUAAUUGCUAACAUGUCUUUUGAAUUUACAUUAUGUUGGUGGGGGGGGGGAUAAUGUCUCAGGCACUGACUUUAAAAGCUUUCAAAUGUCUAUUGUGUAACAAAAUGAAAGAUGCUAAUGAGGUACUUGUAGUGACUUUUUUUAUGUGCUCUGGAUUGCUAUUGCUAGGGCACAAAUGAAUUUUUGCUCAUUACUGUUCUGUAAACAGUAUGAAAUCCACUAACAAAGCAGUGAAAUGAUGCUGGUUUUUCUCUUGAACCCAGGUGACUGCCUAGCCACUGGUGGCUUUAAAUAAGCAAUAAAUAGCCAUGACAUAUUGGGGUGACUGAA